AUGAUAUGCAGCACCACCACAACUCUGCAGCCCGGAGGCUACAAGGAGCCGGCCGUCGUGUACCGAUCUGCCGCCGGCGCUUCCGGUAUCACUAUCGGGCGUGUGCCCGACCAUAUCAGGAUGAACUGGAACGGCGCCAGGAGCCUCAUCGCGGCUCCCGGGUUCGAGGUGCGCAAGGAGCGAUGCUCGAGCCACAUCAUCGCGUUGGCCGAAAAGGUCCGGGCUCCGCGACCGACUGGUUCAAAGCCGAGUACCUGCAUCCAUCCUCCCCAUCCGUACACCACCGAUAUCUGGGAAGACACCGGUGCUCGACGAGUUCUUCAACGUCAACAAGGCCACGGUCAGGACGUAUGA